AUACUGAAGCGGCUAAGCCAUCUCAGUCCAUCACAGUUUAUUCAAACUAAAAUGGCAGAAGUCAAGCUCUUCAGAACAUGGUCAAGUGCUUUUUCUUUGAGGAUAGUGUGGGCACUGAAGCUCAAAGAUGUCCCAUAUGAUACCAUCUUUGAAGAUCUCUCCAACAAAAGCCCUUUACUUGUUCAAUACAACCCCAUUCAUAAGAAAAUUCCAGUGCUUGUGCACAAUGGAAAGUCAAUUGCUGAAUCUCUUGUGAUCCUUGAAUACAUUGAGGAAACAUGGAAACAUAACCCUUUGCUGCCUGAAGAUCCUCACAGAAGAGCUGCUGCACGCUUUUGGGCCAGAUUUGGUGAUGACAAGGUUUUUCCGGCUGUUGCGGAGGCACUAUAUAGUGAAGGGAAAGAGCAAGAGGAAGCUACUGUAAAAGCAAAGGAGAGCUUCAAAUACUUGGAAGAAGAGCUUAAGGGAAAGAAAUUCUUUGGGGGAGAGCUAAUUGGAUUUGCAGAUAUUGCGCUUGGAUGGCUUGCACAUCACUUGAAUGUGAUUGAAGUGAUUGUUAACCAGAAGCUGCUACCAGAAGAUGAGUUCCCAUUGUUAUCCCAAUGGCAGAAAACUUUUGCAGAUGCUCAUAUAAUAAAAGAGAAUUGGCCUCCUCAAGACAAACUUGUCACUAAAUAUUCGGCUUUCCGCGAGCAUGAACUUGCCAAGAAGUUGGAGAAGGUACCUAAAUGAAACUUUUUUCACAACAAUGAUGGACAAAGGCAAGAGCCAAGAGAUAGAAGGAGUAAGAACCUGAAAAUUGUAAUUUUUCUUUUCAUUCCAUUAAGCCUGAAUCACUGUUAGGUGACAAAGCUCGCUUUCGUGUAUGCA